CCCCGACUGCUAGCCCGGCGAAUUUGUUUCGGGCGUUGCUCGUGCCACGUCUGUUUCUUCUUUUAGACGCAAGUCUAGGCAAUCCCCAAUGUCGAACGCAUUUGAAACGUUGCCCGAACGUGCAACUAAAAGAGAAGGAAGCCUCCGACAACGGUAACUGCCAUUCCUUUCUCUUUUCCUCUCUCGACGUCGCGAAGAACAUGUCAACAUUGGACCUCGUCGGAAACGCCGAUAGCUCAGAAAGCGACGAUGACGACUACGUCCCAUCGGCUGAAGAGAGCGACGGGGACGCAUCCGACUGUGACGCGGAGAGCGACGUUGAAGAGCGACCUGUCGCCACGACUGGCCGGAUGCUGCGGAAGGGGAAGGUAACGCCGCGUCUGAAAGUCAAAAGAAGCAUCCGCUGCGACGGAAAAGACCCAGCACAGGGAAGUGUUCACAACGUGCCGAGCGCUAAAGACGACGCGAAGGAACAGGACGAGAGCACUCUCGCUGCCCAAAAGGACAAAGCGAAAGACGACCUUCUCUGGUCCGACUUCUUGAGAGACGCCGACAGCGUAACCAAGAAACGGGCGGCCGUUCCCGAUCCGGGCGAAGCGUCUACUUCCGCCGCUACUUCACAAGUCGCCGCUGUUCCAGAGAAAAAGGUUCGGAUUACUCAGCUGCUGGAGUUUGCGGGGGAAGUCGUCGAGGUUGACAAGGAAGUGGCAGCAGACUCGAAAGAAACGCGCUUGCUCGAAAAACAGGAAGGAGAACCCAAGUCAACUGCACUCGCUAGCAAGAAGCCGGGCGGAGUCGCAAGUGUCUUAGGUCGGCUAAUGAACAAGAAGCAAAAGAUUAGCACGCUGGAGAAAUCCAAGCUCGACUGGGAUAGCUACAAGCGGAGCGAGGGCAUUGCGGAAGACCUGCGGACCCAUAAUAGAGGCAAAGACGGCUAUCUGGAAAGACAAGCGUUCCUACAGCGCACUGACGAGCGGCAGUUCGAAGUUGAAAAGGACUGAGGGCCAAGAACAGAUCGACGCACCGCACCUGAGUGACCGUUGCAGCCGCGUUUUUGUGUUCCUGUUUGCGAAUUGCACUCACAUUGUAAAGGAUUUAGAAAGAAGCUUGAGCUGCGUUCGGAGGCACAUUUCGCACGUUGUGAAUACUCAAAGAAGCAAUAAAAGAGGCAUCUUUCAGGAUGGUCUGAAUCGUGUUCACAUUUCAGCAGCUGUGUUUAAAAGUCUCAAGCAUUUGUUAAUUGGCGUAAAGACUAAACUUUACCAUGACCUUGUUUUCAGAGUUAUUGCCAUCGCAUU